UCAUAUGACUCUUAUCGUUACACAAAUGGAGUUAGUUUCAAGGAACUAGGUGUGCUUCUGGAUUGAUGAGAAAAGAGAAUUUCUGUACCGACAUAUUUGGUACAAGAUGCCUCCAACUCUUUUUCAAAAACUUUUUAAUAAGAGAAAUGCCUUUUCGCCACCUCCCAAGUGCAGUAAGGAAGAUCCUUCCUUCAGCUGGCCCACUCCAGAGCUGGAGCCCGGCCAGAUCCGACUGAUAGUGUAUCAGGACUGCGAGCGGCGCGGAAGAAAUGUCCUUUUCGACUCCAACACCAAAAAGAGAAGCACCGAGGAGCCCCAGGUGUCGAAGAUGUGUGGGGAGGCGCAGGUGAAGGUGUUUGGGAAAUGCUGCCAGCUGAGGCCCACAGGAGGCAGCACCUCCUCGCUGGACAGCUCCUCCUCCUGCACGUCGGAGCCACGUGAGCAGGGCCUGCGCUUCCAGGGCUCCCGCUGUUCAUCCGAUGCAAACAUGUUAGGGGAGAUGAUGUUUGGCUCAGUAGCCAUGAGCUAUAAAGGCUCAACACUAAAAAUCCAUCGGAUCCGGUCUCCACCGCAGCUCAUGUUAAGUAAAGUGUUCACUGCACGCACAGGAGGCAGUGUCUAUGGUAGCCUGAACACACUGCAGGACAGCCUGGAGUUCAUUGGCCAAGACACAAAUGCUCUACGAGUGGACCACAACACCGUCACCAGUGGCUUUUUGGGAAACAUAGGUUUCUCUCAGCUCUGCAGCCCACGGCGGGCACUCUCUGAGCAGGGUCCUCUACGUCUCAUCAAGAGUGCUUCUUUUUUUUCAGGCCACAGUAACCCCAUGGACAUGCCUGGCAGAGGGCUGUACGAUGAGAGAGACAGUGGCAUUGCUCGAUCAGCGUCUCUGAGCAGUCUCUUGAUCACCCCAUUCCCCUCGCCGGGCUCAUCCCUCACCAGCAGUGCUGCGAGCAGCUACCAGAGACGAUGGCUGCGCAGCCAGACCACCAGUCUUGAGAACGGAGUCUUCCCAAGAUGGUCUGUGGAGGAGAGCUUCAACAUGUCUGAUGACAGUGGUGGCCCAAACCUCGGGGUGACCAGAAAGAAGAAGAUUGCCAUUGGGGUCAUCUUUUUGCUUUCACCCAAUGAGGCAGAGAACAGCAGAUUCCAGGAGUUCUUUUUCUCUCACUUCCCACUCUUCGAGAGCCAUAUGAACAAACUCAAAACUUCCAUUGAACAGGCUAUGAAAAUGAGCAGGCGCUCGGCAGAUGCCAGUCAGAGGGCUCUGGCCUAUGCCCGGAUGGUGGAGGGACUCAACGAGUUUCGGACAACCAUCUGUAACCUUUACACCAUGCCUCGCGUCCCCGAGCCAGUUUGGCUUGCCAUGAUGUCUGGCACACCAGAGAAAAACCAGCUGUGCAACCAGUUCAUGAGGGAGUUCGCCUUAUUGAUGGAGCAGGCCUCUAAGAAUCAGUUCCUUCCUGCCCUAAUCACAGCCGUCUUGACCAAUCACCUCGCGUGGGUGCCCACUGUCAUGCCCAAUGGCCAGCCACCUAUCAAGAUCUUCCUGGAGAAGCAUUCAUCUAAGAGUGUGGACAUGCUGGCCAAAACACACCCCUACAACCCACUGUGGGCGCAGCUCGGUGACCUGUAUGGGGCAAUCGGCUCUCCGGUGCGGCUGUCGCGGACGAUAGUGGUUGGCCGGAGGCAGGAGAUGGUGCAGCGGCUGCUCUAUGUCCUCACCUACUUCAUCCGCUGCUCGGAGCUGCUGGAGACGCACAUGCUGGACAGUGUUGAGGACGAGGCCAUCGUCAUUCCCGGCUCGCUCAUCACAACCUCGCUGCGCCGGGGAGAGGUGGAGGAGUCCGACUACGUGUUGGUCACCGUGCACAAGCCCAGCGGAGACUACCUCUCUCAGAGCACAGCCGGAGCCGAAGGGGGCAGCUGCCCAUCAGACACUCACAGUAUACAGAGCAGCACCUACACGGACACGGACACUGGCCUGGGGCCUGACGACGAACCCAGUCAGAGCUCCCAGAACACCAUCACACACACCCACUGCACACAAGCAAACACACACUCACACACUAUUGGCACUGUGCCCGUCAUCCGCACCGAAGACUCCAGCGAGCAGACGGCGUGUAAGGAGACUGGCAGCCCCCGCAUGGAGGCCCGGCUAGAGACGGUGGUGUGUGUUGGUUCCACCUCACCCAAGGAACAGCCACUCAUGUUGCGCCCGGAGAGCGAGAGGGAGCAGGAGACCCAAAUGGGGGUCCAGGCUGAGCUGGAUGCCUCUCUCGGCCAGGAGGAGCCUCAGACAAGUGGUACGGGCAUCAAGGUGUUUCGUUCGUCUGGGAUUCCUCUUGAGAAAAAGCCUCCUGACAAGAGCCUAGUCACACCGUACUUGUCUGACGAGGAGGAGCCUGCCACCAAAGUCACGUUUCUCAUCGGGGACUCCAUGUCCCCUGAGUCUGACACAGAGAGCAGGCAGAGGAAAGUGGAGGAUCACCUGAAGAAGCACAAGAAGCAGCUCAGGGAGAAAGAACAACAGCAACAGCAGCAGCAGCAGCAGCAGCAACAGCAGCAGCAGCAGCAACAACAACAGCUGCAGCAUAAGGUUGGCACCGAGCAGAGGAGUGAGCCCAAGUCAAAUACAGUGGACCAAACCAAGACCAAUGAGGGCAAGGCCUCUCUCCAACGCAUCUCCAGUAAAAUGCCCAAGUGGAUCCCAGCCCCAGAGGAGGACAUGGCCUUGAUGGAUGAGUAUUUCAGCGAUGAAAACCCCGUAGAGACACGGACUAUUGACGAGAAGUCCAAAAAGCACGAGACUGUUGGCGAGCCCCAGCCAAAACAGUCUGACACCAGGAGCAUCGCACAGCCUGAGGGGCAGACCUGCAAAGAGUCAAGGGACAAGAGUUGUAGCAGUUGUAACAGAAGCACGGGCUCCUGUAGAUGCAAAGAGACAAGGGACAAGAGUUGUAGCAGUUGUAACAGAAGCACGGGCUCCUGUAGAUGCAAAGAGACAAGGGACAAGAGUUGUAGCAGUUGUAACAGAAGCACAGGCUCCUGUAGAUGCUGUUCUGCUGAGCAGGACAAGGGCAUCAUCAUUUCAGUUACUGUCCCCCAAGGGGAUACCAAUAGUGGGGACCUGAAGAAGGUGGCUCCUGUCAAUGACUGGGAGAUUCCACGGAAUGAGAGCUCAGAUAGUGCUUUGGGGGACAGUGAGAGCGAGGACACGGGGCAGGACAUGCAGCAGCAGCAGCAGGAAGAGCAGUACUACAGGGAGGAUCAGGAUGAGUGGCAGGACGAGGUGGAGGUGCCAUUACCAGGGUCAAAGCUGGUGGAAAACUUCUCUAAGCCAAAUGUAGCAAACUUCGGGAGAUCCCUGUUUGGCGGAUACUGUCCAACAUACAUCCCUGACUUUGUUUUACAUGGAACGCCAAAUGAUGAGAAGCUCAGGCAGUGUCUGAUGUCUGACCUGGCACAUACUGUGCAGCAUCCAGUACUGGAUGAGCCCAUUGCAGAGGCUGUCUGCAUUAUAGCAGACACAGAGAAGUGGACGGUGCAAGUGGCCAGCAGCCAGAGGCGACAGACUGACAACAAACUGGGGAAGGAGGUGUUGGUGUCUAACCUUGUAUCCAAUCUCCUACAGUCCACCUAUCAGCUGUAUAAACUCAACUUGUCUCCUAACUUUUGUAUCAUGCACCUGGAGGACAGGCUUCAGGAACUGUACUUCAAGAGCAAGAUGCUGGCAGAAUACCUGAAGGGCCAAACCAGAGUGCAUGUCAAAGAACUGGGCAUGGUUUUAGGAAUUGAGUCCAGUGAUCUUCCCCUGUUGGCGGCAGUAGCGAGCACUCACUCGCCGUAUGUUGCUCAAAUACUGCUGUAGACACAUCAUACACAGCAGACACACAUCAAUGGGGACGCUCUGUGGAGCAGCAGGAAUGGUGUUUUUCUUAAUCCUGCAUAUCAACUGUGUUCAGCCACAGUCAGACUGUGGGACCCAGUGGGCCACAGUAACCCCAGGGGUGGUGCACAGCGCCUGGGAGAGGCCAAGGACCAGCUGCCUGCAAGAGAGACAAUCUGCCACUCGGGGGCAGCAGAGGUCAUUGCUCCCAAUGAUUGCUAGAUGGACUAUCACCACAGGUACUCUCAUGAACUGUUUCCUUGUUUAAUUUGACCCUUUUAUCUGUUUACUUCUGUACCUGUGGGUUUUUUUUCACGAGGAAGACUAGAAAGCCAAAGAGAAGUGUUCAAAGACAUUCAUCUCUAUCAAGGAAGGGACAAACAGACUACUUUCACCCCAGAGCACCAUUUGCUAUAUAGAAAUGGUAGUAGUCCUUGCUGCACAAACAUAAUAGGAUGUUUUUUUUAAAUCACAGUUAAAGAAAAGUUAUCAUUUGCCCAAUUAUGUCUUAUGGAUCAAUGGCAAUUUCCAGCAAUUCCCAUAAUGCCCCUUUUUAUUUUAAAUGAUUUGUCAUUGUGGGUUUUGACAGUAGAUGGUAUAUUUCUGGUCUUCACAUUUUUCAGUUGAUUCAGCACUACCUCAAACAAAUGUGAGGAUUCACAGCUGUAUUUUUAAUGAACUCAAAAAUAUUAUGAGGCCCUGAUCAGUUUUUAUUAGUGUAACGGCAAACUUACACUUGUUAAAUCCUUUGCUGUUUCUCAAAUGUAUGGUCUUGCUUCAGGUGUAGUCCUAAAUAACUUAAUUAUGAAUGCCAUUGAUUAAAGUAAGAUUUAUAUUUCAAAAUGAAAUACUGAACUAUUUUCACACUAUACAGUUUAUACAGUUUUACCAUCUGGUUUACUUCUGAAAUGCAUGUGUUAGAAAGAUGAUGAAAGGAAUACAAGUCAGUCAUGCUAUAAUCAGAUGGAAAGCAUUGCUUUUGACAAAUAAUGACAUGUUAAUUUUAUAAAAGGUAACUGAAAUUUAUGGAUGAGGACAUUUAUUUUUUACAAAUAUUUUUAACGUCUGUUAGUAAAUUCAUGAAUUAUUUUUGUCUUGGGGUGUUGCGCCUCAGAGUCUUAAUGGACAUGUAGCAUAUGGAAUGAAGGUAUCUGGGAAAUGUAUUUUGUUGGUUAUAACGCAUUUAUUUGCUUUCAGUGUAUGAUGUUUGGCUUCUGCAAAUGACAUGCAAUUCAUUGCAUUUUGUAAAACACCCUUUUUGCAUUUGUCUAAUGUAUUUAUAUCUACAUUCUUUAUACAUGAAUUCAGUUAAAUUAUUUAGAAUGGUGUGUAUUGGUUUAUGUAAAUUGUAUAUAUUGUUUUCAGUUUGUUUCCAUUUAUUUGUAAAUAAUGUCUUUCAACAUUGGAUUAUUUUUCUGUAAUUAUCCUCUCCCAAUUUUCUGGGAAUGUUGUGCAAUAAAACAUGCCAAUAUGAUACCGUUAA